ACAGACAGGUAAGCUGAGCUGCGGCGCCAUAUUGAGAGCAGCGGAAGUAGUGAGUGAGAAACUGUCAGCCGGGAGAAAGUCGACUGGGCGAUUCCUGAACUUGUCUUCGCCUUGGAUUGUUUUCCCCUUCCGAUUCAGCGGGGGCGCCUCACAUCAUAAAUACGUGUCUUCUCCCAGGAUAAGAGUACAUUUCUGUUUUGUACGUUAUUUUAUCCUCUUGCGAAGAUGCCACUGGCACAACUACUAUCUGACCCGUGGCAGAAGAUGGCUGUGGAAGAUUUGGAGACUGAGAAUGGGCAUCAAAUUGUGGACGACUCGAUGGGAGAGGAUGAGACCCAAGCCACCAGUAGACCUCAUGCUCAGGACACUGGAAGCAUGGAAGAGUUUGUAGUGGAUGAAGGGAACAUGAAAGAAAUUACAAUCACGCACCACGUGAAGGAGGGCCACGAGAAAGGGGAUCCGCGACAGUUUGAGCUGCGCAAGGUCCUGGGUCAGGGCUCCUUUGGGAAGGUGUUUCUGGUGAGAAAGGUUACAGGACCAGACGCUGGGCAGCUGUAUGCAAUGAAGGUGCUUAAAAAGGCUACUCUAAAAGUUCGAGAUCGUGUUCGGACAAAAAUGGAGCGUGAUAUACUGGUGGAAGUGAAUCAUCCUUUCAUUGUAAAACUACACUAUGCUUUUCAGACUGAAGGAAAGCUCUAUCUCAUCCUGGACUUCCUCAGAGGGGGAGACUUGUUUACACGAUUAUCCAAAGAGGUCAUGUUCACUGAGGAAGAUGUCAAGUACUACCUUGCUGAGCUGGCACUAGCGUUAGAUCAUCUGCACAGUCUUGGAAUUAUCUACAGAGAUCUCAAACCAGAAAAUAUUUUGCUUGAUGAAGAAGGACAUAUAAAAUUAACAGACUUUGGGUUGAGUAAAGAGUCUAUUGACCACGAGAAGAAGGCCUAUUCGUUCUGCGGCACUGUGGAGUACAUGGCUCCGGAGGUGGUGAACCGGCGAGGACACUCUCAGAGCGCAGACUGGUGGUCCUUCGGAGUCCUCAUGUUUGAGAUGCUUACGGGUACAUUGCCAUUCCAAGGGAAAGACAGAAAAGAAACCAUGACUAUGAUUCUCAAGGCGAAGCUGGGCAUGCCGCAGUUUUUGAGUUCAGAGGCACAGAGUCUGCUCCGAAUGCUCUUCAAGCGAAACCCUGCAAACAGGCUAGGCGCUGGGACGGAUGGAGUGGAAGAAAUUAAGAGACAUCAGUUCUUCUCCACGAUAGACUGGAACAAAUUGUUCAGAAGAGAACUUCAUCCCCCUUUUAAGCCAGCUACAAGCAGACCAGAUGACACAUUUUAUUUUGAUCCAGAAUUCACAGCAAAAACCCCAAAAGAUUCCCCGGGUAUUCCCCCGAGUGCUAAUGCGCACCAGUUGUUUCGUGGGUUCAGUUUUGUUGCCAUUACCUCAGAGGAAGAAAACCAACCAAUGCAGACCACAAAUGUGAACUCCGUUGCACAGCUGCAGAGAAACAACAUGCAGUUCACGGACGGGUACGAUGUGAAGGAAGACAUUGGCGUGGGCUCCUACUCCAUCUGCAAGCGCUGUGUCAACAAGACUUCCAACAUGGAAUAUGCAGUGAAGAUCAUUAAUAAGAGCAAGAGAGACCCUUCAGAGGAGAUUGAGAUCUUGCUGCGAUAUGGGCAGCAUCCCAAUAUCAUCACUCUCAAGGACGUUUAUGAUGACGGGAAGGUUGUGUACUUGGUGACGGAGCUCAUGAAAGGAGGGGAACUUCUGGACAAGAUUCUCAGGCAGAAGUUCUUUUCUGAGAGAGAAGCCAGCGCUGUCCUCUACACCAUUUCAAAAACCGUGGAGUACCUUCAUAUGCAGGGGGUAGUGCACAGAGACCUCAAGCCCAGCAACAUUCUUUACAUGGAUGAAUCGGGGAAUCCAGAAUCCAUUCGAAUUUGCGACUUCGGCUUUGCAAAGCAGCUGCGGGCAGAGAACGGUCUGCUAAUGACUCCCUGCUAUACAGCUAACUUCGUGGCUCCAGAGGUUUUAAAGAAACAAGGAUAUGAUGCUGCAUGUGACAUCUGGAGCUUGGGUGUGCUGCUAUACACGAUGAUCACAGGGUUCACCCCGUUUGCUAAUGGCCCUGAAGAUACCCCAGAAGAGAUUCUGGCUCGAAUAGGCAGCGGCAAGUUUUCUCUCACCGGAGGCUAUUGGAACUCAGUCUCCAACGAGGCAAAGGAUCUGGUAUCCAGGAUGCUUCACGUUGACCCUCACCAGAGGCUGACAGCAGCACAGGUUCUGCGUCACCCCUGGAUAGUGCACAGGGACCGGCUGCCUCAGUACCAGCUCAACAGGCAGGACGCGCCGCACUUGGUAAAGGGUGCCAUGGCUGCUACGUACUCCGCUCUGAACCGCAACCCCAUGUCUCCGGUGCUCGAGUCAGUGGGCUGCUCUACCCUGGCCCAGCGGAGAGGGAUGAAGAAGCUCACCUCCACUGCCCUGUGAAAACACUGCCGCCUCCCAGGAUGGCAAGAGCGAAUCUCGGGGAGCGAGAGCCAGCAGCCUGUCCUGGCUGGGACAACUGCAACCCCGCUGUUGCUG